AUGAGGAAUCUUACCUCCGCCAUCGCCGUUCUGCUCUCUGCGGUAAUCGUGCUCGCAAGAGCACCGCUGCACAGACGGGCGACCAUCCCUCCUCCCGCCGAAAGUUUGGAUUCGGACGAACUGUCUUCGCCUGAGGCGAAGUACAUCAUGACCCCACUUCCGACUUUACUCGCCUACUCAGGCGUUUCCUUCUUCGCCCUCUACCUGCUCGUAAUCCUCCGCCGGAGAUGCAAAAUACGGGUAACUGGACGCCGGCUCACAUUUGGGCGUGCAACCACACGCAUGGGCGCACUCGAGCUUGACGGCUCUGAAGUUGAACUUCUUCCAACAGUGGCCGAGCCCGGCGUGCGGGAGGUGCGCUUGCCGUUACAGACUGUCCUGGAUGACGGUCGCUCCGAAGAGGUUAGCGACGAUAUUACGGGGGAGCUGGUGAAGCCGGCAGACGCUCCGUCAAUGCCGCUGAUACCUCUCUCCACUUUGGGUCAACUACCACCUCCUUCUCCGUUCUCUCCUCCCUCGUCUCCAGUGCCUUCAUAUGCCCAUCCUUCGCCUAUGCAUCCUUCACCGCCUUAUUCUCUUCACGACAAGGACCCAGUGUCCCCUUAUGCCUCUCCUCCUUCUCGUUCAGUUGGACUUCCUCUUUCCCUUCCAUUGAUUCCAAGCACCCCGAUACGUCAGUCACGUUUAGGUUCUCCACGACCGUCAGUCUCAAAAUCUCGUUCGUCACCAGGGUUCAACAGCGCGAGGUUUGCCACGUACCCUCAACGCAGCAAAUCUUCGCCGCCGCUUCCCCGACGGACCAAACUCGGACACGGGAGAUCCGACUCCCAUUCAAGUUCGAGCGACGGUGCAGAGGUGAUCACUCUCCAGCCCAUCCACCGUGUUGUUUCGCCGUCCCCUCGUUCUGACAAACCGACUCCUGGGUUCACUCUGUUGUCUCCUCCGCACAUCGCGCUUAGUCGCAGCAAAUCGACCGGAAGUGACCUUAUUGACCUCACGACGCCAUCAAUUACGCCAAGUGCGUCGAUGGGCUCAUUGGUCCGGGUGGCUCGAGUGGAAACGGAAUCAGUGACGACUAUGGAUACCAAAGACGUGGUCAAGGAUAUCCCAUCAGAUGUACCCUCUGUCAUGAACAAGGACAGUGUCCUUACGCCUUCCGGGGAAGUGUCGGUCAAGGAGGAGGAGGAUCAUCGCAGCGAGGUUGACCUUGUCGACCUUCGUUUCCGCGCCUCGCCAUCUGCUCCUGAGUCCAUCGCUCUCUCCCUCUCCGGCUCCUCUACUUCCCCUACCGCCGUUGCCGAAGCACCUCGACCAGCAUCCUUAAUGGUCGUGGAAGACGCUCCAGUAUCCGCCUCUCAAUCCACCGGUUCCAUAUCCACUGACUCGUCGUCUUCGUCAUCGCCGUCGUCGCCCACUAUGGAGUUGUUCGUUCCACAUUCAAUCCAUUCAACGCCCGGAACGACGCCGAUGCGACCUGAAUUCAUGUUCGCCGGGCAGGUACAUACCGAAGCGACUCACGAGCAGAAGAUUGGAUGGGAGGGGAAACCCGAGAAGGAAACGAAGGUCGUCAGUGGUUGGACACCCGAAUUACCGUCCUUCAGCUCUGGAGCAAGCGUCGACUGGCACGACCAUUCUGAUGUCUGGGGCUCGCCUUCACCGGCGCCACCAUUGCCACCAGUGUUCACGCGCGAAGGGGAACGUCGGGAAGCGGAUGAUAUAGAGCUGAUGGCAUUUGAGGAAGACGAUGCACCUGAGACAAAGGUUGGAAACACGAGUGCGGGCGAGGAUACGGCUGUUGGCGAAGACUUGAUUAGCUUCGAGGACGAGACAGAGGAAGAAGGCGGGUCGGCGCACGUGGUAGAGGUUGCGGCGGUGGGAGAGGUAGUUGAGGAGGUCGCGGAGAGAGAGGUAGUGGUGCUCGAGGAUACUGAGGUCUCGAUCCCAGAGACACUCGCUGUUUCGGCCGGACUCAGUAAUUGGCCGGCCAACGAGCAUGAAGAUGCUGAGAAGGAGAAUGGCGAGGUCGAUAACACUCUUUUCGCGCAAGCGUAUGACGAUAAUAAUGACGACGCUCACGACUUUUACGACAACAAACAUGACGAAUCUACAUUCAACACUUCGAAUUUACUUCAGGCGGACGUACGAGAGGAAUUGGUCAACGAGGACGAGGAUGUCUUUGCCGCAAAGAAGGUGGAAGACGGCGACGUUGAUGUUGUGGACGAAGACGAACAUCCUGACCCCGACCUUCUUCCUCUUCCACUCGACGUACCUCUUCCAAUGUCCCCGGCAGGCAGGUUUUACCUCGAGCUCGUUAGAUCAGCGUCUGCCGCUGGAAGAGAGGAAGGAGCUGCCAUGGCUUCGAACAUCAAUUCCCCACAACUUCUACCAGCAUUGGUCAUUUCAGCCCCCACACCAAGUAGACCCAGGACGUCGAACGGUGGGCUGUGUAUUCCUGAUGCUGAGAAGCCCGCCGGGGACGACGUGAAGGCGCCCAGUCCAUCACCUUCUCCCACUCAGUCUCCCCUACCCACUCCCCUACAAACGCCUACCCCGCCGAGCUCUCCUCCGCCCCUCAUCUCGCCUGCAAGGCGAACUCCCCUUGCGGGGCUUCCCGUGGUCACAAAGCCUGAGGUGGUGGAGAUGAAGAUCUCUGAGGCAAGUGAAGGCGACAUUCGGGAUAAAGAGAACAAGUUACCUGCUUGGUCUGUUCGAGCAGCGGAUGCCCCCCCACUUGGUCUCUCCAGUGGCAACUUCACUUUGAAGGAGAAGCGGUCGUUCAAUUUCAGGCCUAAAGUUAGCCCCAUCGAAGCCCAAGCCCAGCCUUUGGGUAGUGCUCAGUCAGCCGAAACCCCCAGCGACGAACCUAAAGCGGCUGAACUUGCACAUUCUUCCGUACCCAGUACGUCGGAGACCCAAGACAUCGUACAACCCGAAGCUGUGAGCCCGGCGCAAGCUGAAAAGCCAAUCGCUCCCGAACCGAUGCAAUUGAGACGGUCCCUUCCUGGCUCAUUCGAUGACAGCCAGGAGGCUUCUACUUCGCAACCUUCAUCGACCCCUGAGCCCCCUGAAUCUGUGGCAGUGCCUUCCCCUAAACCCGCUGAAGUUGCGCGUCCUCGCCAGCCACGACCCAUCCGCUCAGCCAUUGAUAUUGCAUUGGCUAUGCAGCUCCGGCCAGGCAUUGGCAUCGGCGCGGAUCCAGCGUGGAUGGUGCGCUUCUUGAUGUCCAUGUUCGGCUGGCUUGCUGUAUUAAUCAGCGGAAGCGGUGAAAUGGACGCUCUACUGGUUGGGCGGCGGUGA